ACCGUCUCUCUAAGCUAGCGGUGUUGGCUCCCAUCAGACAUUCACUGCUCGUUCAAUCGUCGGGCAAUUGACAUCAUUCCUUUUUUUUUAUUUUUAUUUUUAUUUUUUAAGUCGACCAUUCAAAAGUGUAAACAGUUUGUACUGAGUUGAGGUUGAAUUUUGUUCAGGAAAUUUUAUCCGAAUUUGGAUUCACCAAGAGGAUGGAGAAAGAUCAGCUUGACUCUUUGGCAACUGUGGCUGUUGGAUCUGAGAAAAUUCCACCACCGCACAGCCAUUAUGCUCCAAGUGAAGUUUAUUCCCCAUCAGAAUCACCACCGGCAUAUUCUCGGCCAGUCAUGAAGAGCACCGCCGUCCAAAUAGCGAGAAUAGUCGCUGUAACUCUGAUUGCAAUGUCUCUAAUAAUUGGGAGUUUCAUCUUGGCAGCAGCAUUCUUAGAGGCACGUGCAUCUUGCACCCCCGAGUCAAUAGCUGCGAUGCAGGUACAAUUGAACAACCAGCAGGGUGAAUCAUUCAGGAAACUUCAGCCUGAAGCUCUCGUCCAGGAACCCCAGGAAGCUAAGGAGAGCCUCCAGACCCUCUCGGCAGUGGCUGAGAAAGAGUUCCCAGUGUCACCAAAAGAUGAGAAAAAAUCCCAGAAAGAGGACAGUGACACGACCAAGCCUGACAAUGAAAGUGGCGACGAGAAUGAGAACGAUGACGAUUACGAGGAUCCGGAGUUCCCCCCGGUUCACAUUAAACUACCACUUCAGCUCGACCUCGAUGACCUAGCCGGUACACUCAUGCAACAGGCGAAGAAUCUUGUCUCCUGCGUAGUUGAACGCCGCAGGUCUGAACUUACAGAUGGAGACAACAAUCUCGAAAGCAGUACCAAUGAUCCCAAGAAACUUCAGAAACUCCGAGGAGAGAGAGUUACAAUCCUCUGCGAAUCUGGAGAGCCCAAUCGCCAAGAACAAGAGCAAGAUCUGUUAACGCCAAUAAUCGUCCCUCUGGGGCCAAUCCCAAUGCCAAUGCAGCAGCGCGAUCAGGAUUAUCAUCGUUAUCAGGUUCCAAAUCAGUUUCCAGUACCUGAAAAUCAACGCCCACCAUUCAAUUUCAGAGGAAUUCAUCCAAUGGGAGCUCCAUUCAGUGAAUUCAAGAGUGGACCACAGCUGAUGGAGAUGGGAUCACCUCGUAUACAGCCACGCCCUCAAAUGGACAUUCGCCCAGUGCCAUUUGAAUUUCGUCGUGUUCCCAUCGAGAUGAUCCAUGGAAUGAGACCACCAAGUGAUCAGGAGCACCAGCAAAAUGGAUUCCAUCAGGAGCAAAGUACAUUCCGCGAUGAUCCACAGCCUCAUGGUAUGAUCCCACCACCUCCACCUCCUCCAUCCUCCCAGGAACUGCCCCAGGAGCACAGGAUGAUGCCACAAGUGAUUAUUCGUCAGCAAAUGGAGCAAAGGUCACAGCCUCAGGAGGGCCUCGAGAGGCCAGUGUUCCCUUUCCAAGGGAUUCCACUGGGAAUUAGGAGAAUCAUUGAGCAGGUGCCUUUGGAGAUUAAAAACAUCAUUCAGCAUAUUACUGGGGAGGCAAAACCUGUGCCUGUGCCUGUUCCCGUACCUGAAGGGGCUAGACGUGAGCCAGUCCAAGAUUUCAAACCCUUCCCCGAAGGUCCACGUCCCAUUCCCCUGGACUCUCUGAUGCUUCCAGUUGAAGUGAGGAACCUUCUGGAGCAUGGAAACAUUGAGGGACGUCACCAGGAAGACUCAGAGGAGCAACAGGAUCAGGCAAAACCAUUCCCAGGACCUGAAGACCAGGGAGAAGAGGAGGAAAAAAAAUUCCCGGUGCCCGCUGAUGUGAGGAACUUUAUACACCAGAUAGUAGAGGGUCGGGCCUUCCCAGUUGCACGAUUCCCACUACCACUGCGAUCUAUCGAAUCUCUCGAUGUACCGAUGGAGGUCAAUGCACAAGUCAUGGAAUCAUCUGGAACUGAUGAGAAUAAGGAGCAGCAGCAGGAGGAACAACAAACUCCUCAGCAGCCUCAGGCUCAUGCUCUCGUUGACACCCCGGAGUUGGGUGAGGAGAAACGUCCCCACUCUUAAAAACAACUCGACGUAAGUGCCAAAAAUUGAGUUGACCUGGAAUAGAAGAGCUAUAAAAGAAUUUCUGCGAAAACAUCGAAACAUUCGGUUCGAUGGGUGUUUUGGGACUUACGUACCUCUGUUAUUAAGCUGUCGGUAUGUUCUUGAUUUUUUCAGUCGUUCAACCACGUUCAGUGCGUUCAAUUUCUGACGCCCUGGCCCAUCCACGUGACAAGAGAACUCGUCGUUAAACCUGCAACUGCGCCCGCUAAAUUCUCAAGCAGACGAAAAUUAAAAUUUCCAUCUUCCAGGCGCAUUCUUUCAACUUUCUCUGAAGCAUAACGUUGAAUAAAAUAACUAAAAUUAAAAAUAAAUUACUCAUUCGUGAUGAAUCAUUCUAAACAAUCAGAAGUUCAUUCAGUACGUGAAUAGGCUUGUUUCAUACCAGAUGAGGAUACAAAGUGAUACUUUUUCUUCCAUAAGGAUUGUUAGCUGUUGAUCGUUUGAUAUUUUAUGAGAGCGAUGGAAAAAAUAAGAUGGAGGAAAGUGAAAGCGAGUGGCUACUUUAUUCUAACUUCCUAUGAAGCUUAAUUUCUGUAACAUUUCUCUUUUACAAAACUUGCUCUGUCUAUUUGUGAUUAAACUCGAGAUAAUUUCUUU